CUCUCUCUCUCUCUCAAUAUGUAGAGGUGUGUAUAUUACUAUUACAUAUAUACACAUUCUAAGAAAACAUAAAGUUUGCUAGCAAAAUUCACGAGUUGAAGGAAGAUAAGUAAAAAAGGGAAGUUGGUUUAUCUCAUGUUUGCUUCACGCAAGCAGCUAUAUCGGGUUUGCUUCAUCGCGUGGCUUUAAAGAUUUCAUUUAGUUUUUAACACCCCCACUCCAUCCCCAAAAACAAAUAUCACCAAACCCUAGAAAUUCCACCCUCUCUCUAUUUAUCUAGUUUUUCUUCGAGAACCCUUUUCAAAAAACUGUAUUACUGUGAUGUUCUGUGCCAUCGAGGAUAAACAUACAAGAAAAUGAGUGUAAACCCUAGUGGAAAUAACAACGGCUGUGGAGGCAGCAGCAGUGGAAGCAGUGGCGGUACUGGUGGUGGAGGAGGUGGACCAUGUGGGGCAUGCAAGUUCUUGAGGAGGAAGUGUGCGGUUGGGUGCAUAUUUUCACCAUAUUUUGAUUCAGAACAAGGUGCAGCACACUUUGCAGCUGUGCAUAAGGUGUUUGGAGCCAGCAAUGUGUCAAAGCUUCUUCAACACAUUGCAGCAAACAAGCGGCUGGACGCAGUGGUUACGAUAUGUUAUGAGGCUCAGGCGAGGCUUAGAGAUCCUGUCUAUGGCUGUGUUGCCCACAUCUUCGCCCUUCAACAACAGGUGGUGAAUUUGCAGGCCGAGCUCACUUACUUACAAGCUCACCUUGCGGCGCUGGAGCUUCCAACACCACUGCCGCCGCCACCUCCACUUCCAUCACUGUCGCAACCACUAUUAGUACCACCUGCCACCCUUUCUAUAUUAGACUUGCCAACAGGGCCACCAACUUAUGAUUUAUCAUCACUAUUUGAUCCAAUAAUGACAAUGCCGCCAAGGCAAAUCGAUCGUCGUCUAUUUGGUGCCACCAGAGGUCCGCCUGAGAUAUCAUCAUCAUCUAGAGGCGGGGGUGGAGGCGGCGAUCUUCAAGAACUGGCAUGUGAACUACUGUACAGAGGUGAACCCCCAACAGUGUCGUGCUCAGAAACUUCAUCUUUACCACCCCACUCUAAAGGAAACUGACAAUGGUUAUAGUUUUCCUAGCGAUUGCUCUGGUCGAAAAGACAAGUGAUGGUGUCAAAAUCCGUCAAUACUCAAAUUUAACUUAUAUUUUUGCUAUCAUAUUUGGCAGUCAAGUAAGUUCUAUGACUCGAUUUUUGUAAUUUUUUUAGGUUUAAUUUACUCAUUUGGAACACUAACUCAAGCACAUGUCAGUUUAUAUAUGAGGAGGAUUUUGUUUGCUGGAAUUACUAUAUAUUAUGAUCUUGAAUUA